AUGAAGCAUUUCAUCAGUAUAAUUGUUGGCGCUGGGAUUGCUUCGGCAGUUCCACUGCAGUCUCGAGCUACAGAUACCUUUUUCUUCACAUUUGGUGAUUCCUACACGAUGACCAGCUUCGAUGUCGGUGGCACACAGCCAACUGCCAAAAAACCUAUGGGAAACCCAGCGCUGGGCACUGGUACAACCACUGGCGGCAUCAACUGGGUAGGAGACUUGACCACGGUCAACAAUGCAUCCCUGGUCCUCAGCUACAACCACGCCGUGGGAGGAGCAUCUAUUGACAAUUCUCUGGUCAAUACCAAUGUAGAUGAUAUGGUAACGCAAGUCGGCGUAUUCGAAACAACAUACAGCGAGAAGCCUGCUUCUGCACCGUGGUCCUCGGAAAAUGCAGUCUUUGGGUUCUGGAUUGGAAUCAACGACAUUGGCUGGGCUUGGUCAAGCAACGAAGCUAGCCUCCUGGUUCCAAAGCUGAUGGCAAGAUACAAGGCUCUCGCUGAACAGAUCUACACAAAUGGCGGACGAAAGUUCCUCUUCCUCAAUGUCCCAGCCGUGAGCAGAUCUCCCCAAAUACUCAAUCAAGGCGCGGAUGCUGCGAAUGGCCACGCUGCGUGGGUCACAGCGUACAACACUGGGCUCAAGGCGAUGGUGGAUGAUUUUAUCGCAAGCAACAGCGGGACUACCACUGUUCUCUACGAUACUUGGAACUUUAUGACAAAGAUCCUGGAUGCUCCUGCGACUUAUGGAUUCUCCGAUGCUACUUGUGUCAAUGCUGAUGGUGUCUCGUGUGUCUGGUGGAAUGAUUACCACCCAGGCUACAAAUAUCACCAAUUGCAGGCUGCAGAUAUGAAACUGCAGAUGCAGUCUCUUGGUGCUUGGUAG